GCGACCGCCAUCAUGGCAUGCGACAACCAUACAUACGGCGCCAAGUGUCGACUGGCUCCCGUUGCCCGCGUCCGACGAGAAGACGAUGUACCACUCGUUGAGGCACAAUUCUUUUACUCAUCCCUUAUUCCCAUCGACGACCCCCUCUCGACAUCCUCGACCAUUAGUACCGAUGCGAAGACGAGCAAGGGUCAGGUUCGGCCCUUUUCGAGGGGUGACAAUAACGCACUCGAGAAAGCUUGGUUGAGUCUCAUGUCUGAGAACGACCGGCGAGCUCACCAAGAUGCAUGGAAGGACCAGGGUCGGCCGUCUCAAUUCGAUGCGAAUAAACUGGCUUCACUUGUUCAAGCCUUGACGACAAAACACUGGGAAAGACAUCGUGGAGGCUACCAACCACAGGAUGUCACGGUGCCAGCUGGCAAUGUCAUACCCAACACCCCGGUGCCUGCCUGUUGUUCCGAGCUUGUGCUUGAUGUAUCGGAAGAGCUUGAAGCAACCUUUUGCUCUUUGACUAGAAGGAAUAAUCCUGCCUUGAGUGUAGAUGAAGUGACCCAGCAGAUUGUUCUUGGGCUUGGUCGCCUGAAAGAGCAGGCAAGCAGUGCGAUCGAGCCUCGGCCAUCCUCAGCGGAUAUACCCUCUAGUCGUCCAGGAUCUUCUUCUACAACCAACGCGAGCCAUCCUAUUGCUAGGAUAUCGAAGACUCCGACGGAGCCUCGCAACACGAAACGUCGAUCUACCGUUGGCGAAUCCAAUCUUAGAGCCAGAUCCCUCUCGUUGUCACAAGCCAAGAACCGGACCCCUCGGUCCCAGACGCCUGUCGGCAGUCCAACUGUUGCUCGACCGCCAGGCUUGGAUGAUGGAAUAUCAGGGAAGCCCUUUGUACGCGUAGGCAGCCCCGAAACACAAUCUGAGCCUGGUUCUGUCCCGUUUGCCCAAGCCGGUGGUGUAUUACGAGACGUUGGCCAACCCCGCGAUCAGACUGAGGCGAUAACUGAAGUGGAUGAUGCUCCUCAAUCAGCAAAAAUCGCCGAUAAGCCAGCGGCGGAAGACUAUCGACCCAGCAUUGCUGAAGUUGCGGUCGGGGUAUCAAGACUACACAUGGUUUCGGACACCAUGCUUCCGAUCCCACCGAUUGUGGCGAACCAAUUGGAGGCCGGCUACCAUGAACUUCGACCAUGGACGGAGACUUGGAGCGAUGAACUACGAUGUGCCAUCGAUGUUGGUCCAUUGGGCGAGGAAAAGGUGUCCCAUAGGCUCUGGCCGAAAGAGUCCGAAAUCGGCUCUGCUGAUGAAGUUGGUUUCCCUGAGCCAGCUAUCCCAACUGAUCCCUUCUGCGCUGCUCGCUGUUUUCGUGGCGAAGCAGCAGCCGAAGGAUCCAUUGGUCCGACUGCUGUCGAUAGAAGAGCCUCAGGAGAGUUUCAGCCUCCAACACGGCCUUUCUCCAACUAUCACGUCAUAUACAAGAAUGCCACCGAAGCAUUCCUCAUGAAGCCAAGCCUGAAACCAUCGGCAUAUUAUGGAAGACGACCCGUGUUGAAGAUCAUGAAGGGCGUGACUGUCGGUGUCCCUGUUGUCCGAGGCUUUAACAGAGCAGCCUGGGAGCGACUUCAUCACAAGAAGCAGACCCCGAACAAACCAGGCCAAUCGGCAGCUGAUGAAUCACACGAGAGCAGUGGCCAGGAUGUGUGCUCCGCUUGCAAGGCAGACAAAGAGAAAGGGCAAGUUACUGACUUGAUUCUCGUCGCCCAUGGUAUCGGCCAGAAAUUCGCGGAGAGGGUGGAGAGCUUCCACUUUACUCAUGCCAUCAAUGGCUUCCGUCGUGCUCUUAACAUUGAACUACAAAGUCCCGUUGUCAAGCAGGUACUCCGUGCGGACCAAAAUGGACUCAUGAUUCUUCCCCUGAACUGGAGGAUGGGUCUCUCGUUCGAGGAUGGAGGGCCGAUGAGGGAGGAAGACAAGGCAGACUAUACGCCCGAGGGCUUUGGGCUCAAGGACAUCGAACCUGACACCAUUCCUGCAGUUCGCAGUAUGAUAUCGGAUGUCAUGUUCGAUAUCCCCUUUUACAUGUCCCAUCACAAGGGCAAGAUGAUCAAGGCUCUCGUGUCUGAGGCAAACCGUGUCUAUCGACUCUGGUGUCGCAACAACCCAGGCUUUGCCGAGAGAGGGCGCGUCCAUCUCAUCGGACACUCGCUGGGUAGCGCCAUGGCUCUUGAGAUUCUGUCAAAUCAGCCGACCUCUGUACCCAGACUUGACUUGUCCCGCAAGGAGCCCGAGACACGUUUCUUCGAAUUCGACACCAGGAACCUCUUCCUGGCAGGCAGCCCGGCUGGGUUCUUCCUGCUUCUUGAGCGUGGCACGCUCAUGCCUAGGCAUGGCCGAAUGAAACCUGGUGCUGAAUCGAGCGACGUCGUGGCCCAAGAUGUUGUCGGUGAAGCUGGCACCUUUGGUUGCCUGGCUGUCGACAAUAUCUACAACAUCCUCGCCAAGGAAGAUCCCAUCGCAUACUUUCUCAAUGGUGCCGUUGAUCCCAUCUACGCGGCAAGCCUCAAGACAGCCUACGUUCCGAGCAUAGCAGGCUCCCUGUGGAAGUCAGUCGGCGCAGCCAUGCGGAACGUCGUGCCAGGCAUGGCCCCAGCCCCAAACCCGCUCGCCCCAGAGCCGGAGCGGCCGUCAACCAUCCGUCUCCCCUCCCAGCUUGAGCUCGAGGUUCACGACUUUACGCGAGAAGAGAUUGCCGAGAAGAAAGCCUUCCUGCUCAACGAUAAUGGGCAAAUAGACUGGUACCUCCGCUCUGGGGGCGGUCCCCUGGAGAUUCAGUACCUGAACAUGCUUAGUGCACACACAAGCUACUGGACGAACCACGACUUUAUCCGUAUGCUUUGUAUCGAAAUUGGGAGGGAGCCAGGUCGGGCUCACACACUCCCUGCUCUAAGGGCCGUCAAGGCUGCGAAGAGACUGUUGGUGAAAUGAGAUGGCGUAUUCGUGAGGCCGAUGAGACUGUUGACUUUCUUUUAUCUAGCAAGGCGUGGGAGGAUCGGGCAAUUGGCGUUGUGGUUCCCUUUUAAAACAAAUCAACUUAAUGGAUUUAGUUAGACUUCUGAGCCUGGGCAGAAAUACAACAU